CACAGACAGCAACACACACACACACACACACACACACACACACACACACACACACACACACACACACACAGAGACACCGGUAAUGCAUUUCUUAUCUGGCUAUAAUGUGCGAGUUUUAACAUGAUUUGAUUGAAUUGUAUUCCCCAUUUUCUGAUGCAGAGCAUCAGCUACUCUUCCUGGGGUCCACUCAAAACAUGAAACAUUACAUUUUCAGACAAAACUAAACUAUAAAAAAUUUGACCUUUUCAGUCAAAAAAAAAGUCUUAAUAUUAAAAGCAGUAUAUUUAGUAUUCUUUCAUUGCCUAUGUACAUGUACAAACUUCUCUCCAGGUCUUAGUAAUAUAUAAUAGUUUCACAAUAAAUGCCUCCAGCACUGCACGCUGAAUGGUGUUUUUUGCCCCCAUCGGCCCCUUCCAUGCAGCGCUGCGACCGUUGACUUCAAGGCACCUGCGUUUUAACCCAAACCUAACCAUAACCAAGUCUGUCAUGAUGCAUUGUUAUCGACUGCUUUUUUUCAGACUUUGCUAUUUUUUGUAAGUUUCCCUCUAUGUGCUGUUUAUUAACUUAAAUAUCUACUGACGACUAAUUAUGAUAUUGUAAUUUGAUACAUUAUAUUGGUCAAUGCUUGGCUAGACACCUAAAUAUGGACAUGCAAAGAGCCCCGUUUUCAUGCAUGAAUAACAGUGUGUGUUUUAAGGAGAUUAAUGCACGUAAAAAGCAGCAUAAUACUACAGAUUGAUGCACGUAAAAAAAUAGCAUAGCAGUACAGUAAACAAUCAGGCAGUACAGUUGUACGGUACAGAAUUUCUUUUCUUCCUUCCUAACCUAUUCCCAAAGGUGGCUGAGCAAGGUCCAAUGGCAAUGGCAAUGCGGCUACGAAAUCAGCUCCUGUCCAUCUACAAACUGGACCCACUAAGAAACAAGGAGGAGGUGAAGUUGAAGAUCAAGGACCUGAACGAACACAUCGUGUGCCACCUUUGUGCGGGUGAUGCCAAAACUAUUCCAGAGUGUUUGUGUGAGGACCAGGUCAUAAAUGAACAAUGGUACUGAAGCAUGGAGACCACAUGGAAAUAUGGAAAUGCUGCUCAUUUGCGAUGAUGUCCUGGCCCAGGAGUCUGAUAAAACUCUUUUUGAGUUCCCACACGAGAUUUCCACCAGAGAUGGUGUUACUCCCCCGGCCUUCACUGUCCCUGUUACAAUCGCAGCAAAUUCCUGCCAAACUGCAGGAACAGUACCUUUAAAAACAGGAGCGAGCUAAAAGUGAAGAUUCACAUGUCGAACCCCGCUCAGACGCAGCGCGAGGACAAGCACAUGUUUUCCGAAUUCCCCCAGCCGCUGCCAGUUUGUGGCAACAUCAAAAUGGAAAGAGGGCAGCGAUGUCUUUGUGCAGGACUCCAGUAACAACGGGACGUUUGUGGACGGUAUCCUGAUCGAUAAAGACAGGAAGCUGACCACACGACGGCGUGCUCACUCUGGAUGAACAACGCAACAAAGUUUUGUCUUCAUUGACCUGAUGUCAACUGAUCAGUACAGUUUACCCAGAGAGCUUCAGGGGAAUGUUUGCCAUGAAAAUAAUCAACAAGAAGAACUUUCAAUCUAAAGGGACAGUGACAAGAAACGCACAGACUGAGAUUGAGAUUCUGCAGAGAAUCGACCAUCCGUGUCUCAUAAAAAUGGAGGACUUCUAUCAGACGGAGGACAGUUAAUACAUUGUGUUGGAGCUGAUGGAGGGAGAAGAGUAAUGUCUCAGCAGCACACACACACACACACGGAGACUAAGUGUGUUUCUCUGUGUUCCCUUACAGAGGUGGUCUUCUCCAGAAGAAGCACCUGGCCAUGCUUGAUGCAGAGGGACGUGAAGAGAGGGGGGGCUGUCCAUGUUGCUGAAACAGGGUGGUCUGAAAUGCUUUUCCAGAAGAAGGAACAGGCCACGUCUGAUGCAGAGGGAAGUCGCUCGCUAAUGGAAGAGAGGAGGGGGGGCUGUCCAUGGUGCUGAAACUGGGUAGGAUAAAGUCAGUAGUCCGGAUUUCUGAACGCUGAGUCCAUGACGUCUUUGUAAUCAGUCUGGUUACGUCCUUUCCAGAGAGCAUCCUCAUCAAAACAUCUUCCCUAAUAUGCUGCUUCAAGACGUAUUCACAACCUGUAGGCGGGCCUUCCAAAGGGGGAUCAGAAGAAAGCUUAGCAGACGGACCAGAAUCUGUUGGAUGUUGCCGCAGUGGACCGAGGGCAGUGACAAAAAGGGCUUCUACAGUCAAAAAUGGAAUCUGCCAGAGUUUGGAGGAACCCACUCUGCUGCCUGAUCUGCAAGACUUCCCAGGACCAGCUCCCCACCCACCUGGCCCGGGUCUGCAUGAAGGACUGUACCCCAGAGGAGCGCAAUGCCGAGUUACAGCGAGCCAAGGAGUCCCAGCUGCAGUGGGCAAGGAAAGCUCGCAUUUGGGAUUACGCCGAUUUAUCUGCCAUAGUGCAGGACGACCCAACCUGCAGGACGCUGACAAAGACGUUGCUGCAACGUGGGUUUCUGGUCACCAACGUGCCGCUGCCCGCUGCAACGGCAACGAGUGGCUCGGCCGAGGAACCGGGGACCAGUUCUACAAGGCAGUCCCUCUCCUCCACUGGAAAGUGCAGCCUGCUGAAUAGCUUCAAGGCCACCGCUGACGACACCUGUUGCAGGCUCCAGCGGGGUGAGACCGUGGAUGAGGGUAGGUUGGCAGACCUGAGGAACUUCUGCAUCGCAUUCUUGGUGCUGAAGCUGCGGAAGACAACCCGGCAGGUCAGGGAGCUGACCGUGCACGAGUGGUUUGGGCGAGCAAGGGUCAACCAGGGUGCGGUUGUAAAAAUGACUGCCGCCCGUGGAGUAGAGGACAGCUUUACCCUGACAUUGCAACAAGAAGCCUGGUUCAGCUGUUACAUGGACAGCAUCCGGUCAGUCUACCUGAAGAGCCAAGCAGUCGCAGGAUCCGACCAGGACAGGUUUUUCUUGGGGAAGAACGGCAUGCCCCUGACCCAUGCCACCACAGUGAUCGAUCGUUUCUGCAGAAGGCAUGGACCGCUGGAGGAUGAGGGGAGCAUGUCCACUGUCGUGUCUGCAAAACGCAAAGCCAGCAUGACAUGGGACAAUUUUCUGGAGGAGUUCCCUAUGACUUUGCAUGGCGUUCCUCCCUCUCAGGAGGAGUCAAAAGCGAAGGGAUAUGAAGGGGGGCGUGUCUUCUACCACAAGUGGAGGGACAUGCAGAGGAAACUCAGGAUGGAUUACAUCCUUAUGGACUACCCACAUCAAAAGCCUUCACAAGCAAGGGUGAGGUACCAGCUGCAAAGGGAAGGAUGGACUUCCAAUGCCCCCAAGGUGGAUGAAAUCUUGGCAUGCUGGAAAAGUGAGGGGGGGUCUGUCCUCGCGGACCCAAACAUAAUGCAGUCAGUCCUGGACCAGAAGUGGAAGGGCCUGGCCAUCAUAGACCUGGGACCACCAAAGGGAAAGGGCGUGGUGGCAACUAUGCCGUUCCAGGCUGGAGAUGUAGUCUGCGACUAUCACGGGGAGCUGGUCACAGAGGCAGAAGGAAGGCAAAGGCAGAGUCACGUACCAGAUGGUACUGACAUGUACUUUUUCUACUUUAGAAGCCACAGUGGUGCCAGGAUGUGCCUGGAUGCACAGAAAUUCCCCUGCUUCUGCCACCCCAGCAUUGACACUUAUGGCAGGAGGAUGAAUCACUCAAGCAAGAACUUUAAUGUCAAGCCAGUGCGCUUAGCGUUGCCUUUUUCUGGAGGACUCAGGGACAGCAUGAUCUUUGUUGCCACUAGAAAUGUGACUGUAAAAGAGGAGCUCACAUGGGACUAUGGUGUCAGACAAUCGUCUUUUGGAGGAGAGGGCCGGAAUCUGGAAUGGCUGAACGAGUAGUAGCCUAGAUGGAUAAAAAGCUUGUAACAUUUUUAUCCUUUUACUGUAAGGCAGAGUGAUUUUCUAUUUUGUUUAUGGAGCGUUUUUUGAAGCUGUGGUUUUUAAACGUGUACUGUAUUGGUUUAUAUAUAUAUAUAUAUAUUUUCCUUUUUCAUGUUAAUAUUAUGGAUAUUUUAUAUUUAUUUCAUUGUAGUGUGAUUGAUUGUGUGCUGUGAUUGAUUUUUAAAUGAAUGGAAUUUUUUUUAUGGAGCGUAUUUUUGAAGCUGUGGUUUUUACCGUGUACUUGUUUAUGUGUGUGUGUGUGUGUGUGUGUGUGUGU